UUCAAAAUCAAGUGCAAUUACCUGGAGUGAUAGUCGAAAAGCAGAAUAUCGAACAGAUAUAUAAAGAAGAUGAAGUACAAGUUGAAGUAACUGAACAACUGAGAGAAGACGGGCAGGAAAUUCAAGAUUCAAUUCAAGCAGAACAGUGUAGUAAGAUGAUUGAAGGUAAAUAUGGCUCUACAGAUGUGCAGCAAGAUAGAGUGAAUGGACAUGAACAUCAGAAACAUAUGCAAGAAGUUGCGUUGAUUGUUGAUAAGCAGAAUGUUGAAGUCAAGAAGUAUCAAGUGAAUGAAGAGCAAGUUCAAGUGAUUGAACAAAAGACAGAACAUGUAAACCAAAGUGCAGAACCAAUACAGCACAUGAAGGUGAUUGAUUGUCAAAAUGGAUCUUCAAAGCAACAAAAUGAACAGAAAGAUGAAGUGAAUGGACAGCAGAGUGAAAAUCAAAUGCGAGUAAUUGCAGUGGGUGUUGAAAAGUCUAAUUUUUCAGAACAGACACGUAAUGUGAAUGAAGAAGAACAAGUUGAAGUGACUGAACAGAGAGAAUAUGGGCAGCAAAGUCAAGUAGCUAGUCAAGAAGAGCAACAUAGCAAGGUGAUUGACUGUCAAAAUAGCAAGGUGAUUGACUGUCAAAAUAGCAAAGUGAUUGACUGUCAAAAUGGAUCUUCAGAGCAACAAAAUAAACAGCAAGAAUAUGUGAAUGAGGAUCAAUUGCAAGAAAUCAUUGUGAGUUGUGAAAAGCAGAUUGACACAAAACUGAAACACAAAGUGGCGGAUGAGCGUAUUGAAGUAAGUACGGAUAAAAUAGUUGAAGAAUAGUACCAAACUAAAGAACAAUUGUGUGAAGUGAUUGAACAACAUAGUCAAGCUGUCAAAAGAGAUAUACAGUUACAUGGAGAAGCAGUUGAAGCAAUUCGGUCUGGACCAGAAGCACAGCAAAGUGGUAUGAUUUCAGAACAAAACAGACCGCAAGAUCAAAUUGAAUUAACAAGUAUGCAGGAGUUAUUGUCUAAGAAGCAAGAGAAAGAUGCGGCUACUGUAGUCAAUUCAAAUGUUUCUAUUGCAAGUCAGAAAUUCUCCCACCAUGUUUUGUCAAACUUGUCUGAGCUGGUGGAAAACAACAUUAAGGUGCAGGGAAAGAUGCAGAAGCUGCUGGAAAAUAAAAUUAAGGUGCAGGAAAAGACACAUAAGCUGCUGGAAAAUAACAUUAAGGAGGUGAAGACACUUCAGGUUCAGGAAAACUUGUUGAAGGAGUUAGCAGAUACCAUUCGAAAUCCUGUUAUAGAAAAAAGACCAAUGCCAAUCAUUGGUCCUUGCGGAGAGAGGGAAUAUGAUGAAGGAUACGAGCAGAAUAUUCUAAGCCAGGAUUUGGAAAGUAGUUCAUAUAAAUCUAGGCUUUAUUGUUAUGAUGAAGGAUACGAGCAGAAUAUUCUAAGUCAGGAUUUGGAAAGUAGUUCAAAUAAAUCUAGGCUUUAUUGUUAGGAUUCUUAUAAUUAUUAGGAUUAUUUCUUUAGGAUUCUUUAAGGAUAUUCCUAAUUAUUCUAGAAUUAUCUUGGCCUCCCUAUA